AUGACGACAGCUGUCCCUACAAACAUCAACCCAUGGUCCGUCUCGGCCCCCUACGAGAACUACACCUACGAUCUCCAAAAUGUCAUUUCGCGCAAGUGGGUCGACAGUCCUAAUAUCCGAGACAAAGUGGCAUCUGCGCCAGAGAUUGUUUUGUACAUGGCUGCGGAUCAGUUGGCUGAGACUUGGAAGCUCAAAAAGGAGCUGAGGAAGUUGAGGGAGACACAGGCGAAUCCUCCAAAGGACUUUGACAUUGACCUCACAUAUGCCUUUUUUAUCGUCAUGGGAGGUGUCCGGAUCGACGUCAAGGACCUGCUCUCCUGGCCGGACAUUGGUGACUCGUCACGGUGGGGAGUUGGUUCUCUUCCUCGCGAGGACGUGGAAGGCCGCGAAACGACAGUCCGUGUGAGCGGCACAACGGUUCUUUGGCCUGCAAGUCAAGGUCAUUGGGUCAAGAUCCCUCGGGCCAAGAUCACAGACAAGAGCAAAGCAGAUACUUUCCAAAAGAUUCUUGUUCUUAUACAAGUUUCCUGGAUAGUUAUGCGAUGUAUUCCUCGUUGGAUUUAUAACUUGCCUUUGACCCUCUUGGAGGUUCAUACGAUGGCUCAUGUCUUCUAUACUACUAUCUCGGCAAACCUGGCUCUUUUUGACCCUAGAGAAGUGCUCCCCGACGACUCCGAUAUGCCCCUACGAUAG